CCCCGCUCCAGUCUCCGCGGCCCCACUCACCCCAGCCCCUCCCUCGGGCAGCCCCUGGGCUUGUGACCCAGCCAGCACCGCCUCUCCUAGUGGCAACUGGCUGGGAAUGGCUGAGGGGCUACCUACUGCUUGCGGCCUGCCGGGGGAGGAGGGAGGCGGAAAGAAGAAAGGGGGCGGGGUUGGGGGGGCGGGCCUGGACCUGGGGAGUGAAAGCGAAAGCCCGGGCGACUAGCCGGGAGACCAGAGAGCUAGCGACUGAAGCAGCAUGGCCAAGCCGUGUGGGGUGCGCCUGAGCGGGGAAGCCCGCAAACAGGUGGAGGUCUUCAGGCAGAAUCUUUUCCAGGAGGCCGAGGAAUUCCUCUACAGAUUCUUGCCACAGAAAAUCAUAUACCUGAAUCAGCUCUUGCAAGAGGACUCCCUCAAUGUGGCUGACCUGACUUCCCUCCGGGCCCCACUGGACAUCCCCAUCCCAGACCCUCCACCCAAGGAUGAUGAGAUGGAAACAGAUAAGCAGGAGAAGAAAGAAGUCCCUAAGUGUGGAUUUCUCCCUGGGAAUGAGAAAGUCCUGUCCCUGCUUGCCCUGGUUAAGCCAGAAGUCUGGACUCUCAAAGAGAAAUGCAUUCUGGUGAUUACAUGGAUCCAGCACCUGAUCCCCAAGAUUGAAGAUGGAAAUGAUUUUGGGGUAGCAAUCCAGGAGAAGGUGCUGGAGAGGGUGAAUGCCGUCAAGACCAAAGUGGAAGCUUUCCAGACAACCAUUUCCAAGUACUUCUCAGAACGUGGGGAUGCUGUGGCCAAGGCCUCCAAGGAGACUCAUGUAAUGGAUUACCGGGCCUUGGUGCAUGAGCGAGAUGAGGCAGCCUAUGGGGAGCUCAGGGCCAUGGUGCUGGACCUGAGGGCCUUCUAUGCCGAGCUUUAUCAUAUCAUCAGCAGCAACCUGGAGAAAAUUGUCAACCCAAAGGGUGAAGAGAAGCCAUCUAUGUACUGAACCCAGGACUAGAAGGAAAAUAAAUGAUCUAUAUGUUGUAUGGA